AUGCCUAAAAGAGCUGCCGAGGACGAAGUGGAUGUCUCAAUUGGCGGUGCCGCUAAGCUGGCUCUUGGAGAAGUGCCUCCAGCCACUGGUGCCGCAGACGCCGAAAAAGAUAUAGAUAUGGGAGAGUACGAAGAUCCUUAUGGAGAUGACUUUGAGAGUGAUGGUGAGAUUAUUGAACUUGACUCUGAAGGUGAAGAUGGCAUGGAAGAUGUGACUGAAACAAGAAAGAUUGAGGAGUUGGACAAACAAGACCAACCCCAGAACGAGGGCCAGGACCAGCAACCAGAGAUCUAUUUACCUCACAGGUCCAAGCCACUUGGCCCAGACGAAGUGCUUGAAGCUGAUCCUACUGUCUACGAAAUGUUGCAUAACGUGAACAUGCCUUGGCCAUGUUUGACCAUCGACAUUUUGCCUGACUCUUUGGGUAACGAGAGAAGAACUUACCCUGCCUCGUUGUACCUUGCAACUGCUACACAGGCUCUGAAGGCUAAGGAUAACGAAUUGAUUACUAUGAAAUUGCUGUCUUUGGCGAAGACCCUUGUAAAGGACGAUCCUGAAGAUGAGGAUGAAGAUGACGAGGACGAAGAGGAGUCUGACCCAGUGAUGAUCUCAGAGACUGUUCCUCUCAAAAGCACAACCAAUAGACUCAGAGUGUCCCCACACGCUGCUCAGACCGGUGAGUACUUGACGGCUGCUCUGCAAGAGAACGGUGAAGUCCUGAUCUACGACUUGCUGUCGCAAUAUAAGGCGUUUGAUACUCCUGGCUACAUGAUUCCAAAGGGCGCCAAAAGACCCAUUCACACUAUUCGUGCCCACGGUAACGUCGAAGGCUACGGUUUGGACUGGUCUCCGCUUAUAAACACCGGUGCUCUUUUGCUGGGUGACUGUCUGGGUAGAAUCCACUUGACCAACAGAACCACCUCCAGCUGGGUCACCGACAAAACCCCAUUCUUUGCAUCUCAAUCUUCCAUUGAGGAUAUCCAGUGGUCCACCAACGAAAGCACAGUUUUCGCUACUGGUGGCUGUGACGGGUAUGUGAGAAUCUGGGAUACGAGAUCCAAGAAGCACAAGCCAGUGAUUUCCGUGGAAGCGUCCAACACCGACGUUAAUGUGAUUUCAUGGAGCACGAAAAUCUCGCAUUUGCUAGCAUCUGGUCACGACGACGGCACCUGGGGUGUUUGGGAUUUGCGUAACUUCAACGGUAAGGACAAGCCUUCUCCAGUUGCUCACUACGACUUCCACAAGGCCCCAGUGACCUCGAUUUCCUUCAACCCAUUAGACGAGUCGAUCAUUGCUGUUUCGUCUGAAGACAACACCGUGACCUUAUGGGAUUUGGCUGUGGAAGCUGAUGAUGAAGAAAUCUCCCAGCAAAGAAAAGAAGCACAAGAGUUGCACGACAUUCCACCACAAUUGUUGUUUGUCCACUGGCAAAGACACGUCAAGGAUGUCAGAUGGCACUCGCAGAUUCCAGGCUGUUUGGUUUCGACCGGUGGAGACGGUUUGAAUGUCUGGAAGACGAUUUCGGUUUAG